AUGUUUCGAAAAUUAUUUUAUGGGUUUUGCAAUUAAGUGCAAACAAUUAGCACUUUUGCUUAAUUACAAAAUAUCAUGAAUCCACCUACACCUGAGAAUUAUCAGAGAUUAUUACUAACAGUUUAAUAGAUGAUUUAAUCGAAACCUAUUAAUUGGAAAUUUGUACAUCGACUUUAAUAAUUGCGAGAAUAGUUUAAUUUAGAAAUAGACAUUCAGUAUCUUCUUUCUAGGCUUAAGGAUCAACCUAUUGAUUCUGAAAAGCAAUAAUUUGUGAUUGAUCUUAUGUAAUAAUAUUUUACGACAGAUGAAGAAUUAUUUAAGGAUUUGUAUAACUAAUUAUUAAGAAUGGAUGAUUUGCAUUUCAUAACUUAAUUAAAGAUGUUGUAGACAUAUUUUUCAUAUCCAGAAUUCUUCAAUCAAGAUCAAGUGUUGCCAAGAUUGAUAUAAAAUUUAAUUGCUUCAGAGGAUUUGGAAGUUUAUGAUUUAGUAAAUGCAUUUUAAAUAUUCACAUACGACUAUCCCUAUUUAACAGAGGAGAAUAGAUAAUGGUUGCACGAUCUCAAAGAUGAAAUGAAUCAAUAGAUUAUCAAAAUAAUUCCCAGUCUGGGAUAAAAAUAAUUUAAACAAUUAUUGGUUGUGUUGAGAUCAAAUGACUAUUAUAACGAAUAACUGAAGGAGGCUGUCUUAUAAUAUUUUAAUGAAAAUAAACAAAUUUUGGGACAGACUUGCUUGAUGGAAUUGUUAAAUCUAUGCAAUCUCCAGUUCUACUUUAAUGAGGAUCUCAAAUAACAGAUCUUAAUUCAGAUCAAUCAACUGAAGGUCAAGGGAAUAAAUGAGACAAAAUUGAUAAACAGAUUUGUGUUGCCAUCAAUAUCAUUAGCUGAAUAGGAAAUGAUGGCAAAUCUAAUAACCUUGUCAGGUAUACAGUUAGAUAAGGAGUAUGUAAAUUAGCAUUUUACUGGAAGCGAUUCUUAGAAGAAAGAGAAGCUUGAAUAACUUAGGCUCAAGGAUUAGUAAGUCUUACAAAUUGUUAAGGAAUUGUAGAUGUACAUUGACGGUCAAUUCUAUUUCUACAUUAAUGUCAUGAGAGUAAUCUAAACUUUCGGUAUUUCAUUGCCAGAACUACUCUAGCCAAUGAUGGAGGAGUUGAAAAAGAUAUUAGCCAAACAAAUAGUUAAUCCCACUGAUCUCCUACCAAUAUUGAAUUAUUUUGAUGACUGUAACAUACUGUUUGACUAAGAUGAUUGCAUAGGAAUGCACCACUUUAAGACUUAUUUGAAUUAAGACAUCUACUCUUAUUAGAAAAUUGAAUAUUUAUAAAGGCAAUUAGCAUAAAAAAAGAAUUAGAAUGAAAUGCGUGAGCUUUUGGAAAAGAGUCUUAAAACCAAUUGGAAUUUAGAAUUAUGUUCAAGAUAAGCAUUACUCUAUAAUUAUUUUAAUAUUCCUUUUUCCAAAGAUUUUGAAGAGAAGUUUAAAAUAAUUAUUGAAGAACACGUUUAAAAAAAGAGGAAUUUUUUUGAUUAGUAAUUAUUUUUCAAGCAAAUUGCUAUGGCUCAUUGGACAAAGGAUCUCAAAUAGGAACACAAAGCUUAUUAUUAUGAAGGGCAAAGUAUAGCAUAGAGAUUGAGAAAAGAAAAAUUAAAGAACGUGGACUAGUCUUCGAUUCUCGGAUAAGAAAUAAAGUAGGACAUCUUACAGUAUAUGCCAAAUACAUUUAAAUUGGUGUCGAAUUAGUUUGUUAAUGGAGCAGAAAUUGAUUUCAUAAUUACAAAUUAAAAAGGGGACAAAUUACUUGUCUAAAUUCACGGUCCGAAUCAUUAUUAUUAUGCCUCAACAGUUUAUAAUUAUCAAACCUUAUUGGAGACAUUUUCCAUGGAAAAGCUAGGCAACUAUAGGGCAAUCCAUUAUUAUGAAGCAGAGAAAGAGUGGAAACAAUAAAAAUAAUAAGCAGUAACAAAAUUGUUAAGCUGUUUAAUGUGA